AGCUUAGGUAUGAAAUCAGUGGAACACCUGCUAAUGACACUGCAGAUGACAUACAAUUUGUCAGAGUACGCCAAGUGAAAAGGGGCGUUCCGAGGGUUUAUCCUGGUAAUAUUAAACCUGGCACCGCGUUGGCUGUUGGAGAGUUGAGUUGAGUGCAUGGGCCUCAUGGAAGAGAACCAUCGGACAGUAGCCUAACAACAGCGCAUGCGAAUCGGUGUAUUUUGAAAACAGGAACACGGCGUGGAUUGGAACUUACAAACUUUGAAACCAAGAAGUCAUCAGUUACUGACGUUUAUCAAACAUGAAAGAAACGGUAUUUGAAUCACACCUGGGCGGAGAGGGUGAUGCGCCCGACAAGGCAGCCUGUGUCAUUUUCUUUUUUUUGUAAGGUUUUUAUUACAAUAUUUUGCAUCGCAUUAACUGAUGCACGAUUUACGGCAAUGUCUCUGUCAAUGCAUCCCGAUACGAGGAAGUUCACGCGUGGUCUCAAUAAACCAGGGACUGCUGCGGAGCUGAGGCAGAGCGUCUCGGAGGUGGUCAGGACGUCGGUGUGGAUGGUCAAGCCGAAGGUCAUUGAGCCUCUGGACUAUGAGAGCGUGGUGUUGCAGAGGAGGACUCAGAUCAUCAGUGAUGCUCUACGGGACAUGCUUCAGUACCCCACGGAUGACUUCCAGAUCUCAACAGUCCGACAUCAGGGCAGAACUCUGGUCUCCACGGUCCCUGACAGAGCUGAGAAAGAAGCCCGUAGCCUUUUCCUCCAAGAGUGCAUCAAGACAUACAAGUCUGACUGGCAUGUUGUUCAGUAUAAGUAUGAAGAUUACUCAGGAGACUUCCGGCAGCUGCCAAAUAAAGUUUCCAGACCAGAGAAGCUGACGGUGCAUCUGUUUGAGGUGGAUGAAGAUGUGGAGAAAGACGAGGAUGCAGCCUCGCUGGGGGCUCAGAAGGGGGGACUAUCUAAACGUGGCUGGCUCUAUAAAGGCAACAUGAACAAUGCCAUCAGUGUCACUAUGAGGUCGUUUAAGAGGAGAUACUUCCACUUGGCGCAGCUGGGGGACGGGUCCUAUAACCUCAACUUCUACAAGGAUGAGAAGACCUCCAAGGAUCCCAAAGGAACCAUCUUCCUUGACUCUUGUAUUGGGGUUGGCCAGAACAGUAAGGUGCGUCGCUUUGCGUUUGAGCUGAAGAUGCAGGAUGGGAGCAGUUACCUGCUGGCAGCAGACAGUGAAGCAGAGAUGGCUGACUGGGUCUUCACCCUGAACAAGAUACUCCACAGCAGCUUUGAUCUGGUCGCACAGGACAAGAGGAAUGGAGAUUUGCAUGAUGAUGAUGACCUGGCAAAGAAAGAUGGCUACCAGGACAGUUUCCAGACAGCCAAAGACAUUGAGUCGAAGAUUAGGAGUGAAACUCGGCUAAAGCUGUUCACCCUGGACCCUGACACACAGAAACUAGACCUCUCUGGGAUUGAACCAGACGUCCGUCAGUUUGAGGAGAAGUUUGGGACCAGAGUCCUGGUGAACUGUCAUUCCCUCACAUUUAACCUGCAGAGCUGUGUGGCUGAGAAUGCUGAAGGACCCACCACUAAUGUGGAGCCGUUCUACGUGGUUCUGUCUCUGUUUGAUGUUCAGAACAGCCGGAAGAUCUCAGCUGACUUUCAUGUGGAUCUGAACCAUCCUCUGGUCAGGGGGAUGACAGCGGCCUUCCGGCCAGAGGAGAGACACCUCAACGGGGGAGGAGAUGGAGACAGACCUCCAUGGCGGGCCGACAGGCUACCAGAAGAGGCACUGCAGUACCCUAGACAGGGAGUGUUCUCGGUGACUUGCCCCCACCCUGAGAUCUUCCUGGUGGCUCGGAUAGAGAAGGUUCUACAGGGAGGCAUAACACACUGUACAGAACCUUACAUGAAGAGCUCUGACUCCACCAAGGUGUCUCAGAAAGUCCUGAAGAAUGCUAAACUAGCCUGCAGCAGACUGGGAAAAUACCGGAUGCCCUUCGCUUGGGCUGCCAGGCCGGUAUUCAAAGACGCUUCAGGGAUGCUGGACAAAGCUUCUGGCUUCCUGGCCAUCUACAGGCAGGACAGCGGCAAGCUGUCUGACAACGACAUGUUGAAGCUGCUCACUGACUUCAGGAAACCAGAGAAGAUGGCCAAGCUCCCUGUGAUCUUGGGAAAUCUGGACAUUACCAUUGACAAUGUGGCUCCAGAUCUGACCAACUGUGUGACAUCUUCCUACCUCCCAGUAAGACCGUUUGAGGGGACUGAGCCCAGUGCUCUGCUGGAGGUGGAGGAGUUUGUUCCCUGCAUUGCCAAGUGUUCCCAACCAUUCACCAUCUACAAGAACCAUCUGUAUGUUUACCCCAGACACCUUAAAUACGACGGACAGAAGGCCUUUGCCAAGGCCAGGAAUAUUGCUGUCUGUCUUGAGUUCAAGGAUUCAGACGCAGAAGAUUCUCAACCUCUCAAGUGUAUCUAUGGGAGACCAGGUGGACCUCUCUUCACCAAGCAGGCCUUCGCUAUUGUGUUACAUCACCAGCAGAACCCAGAGUUCUAUGAUGAGAUUAAGAUUGAGCUGCCCCCUCAGCUCGAUGAAAAGCACCACCUCCUCUUCUCCUUCUACCACAUCAGCUGCGACUCCAACAGCAAGAAGGACCAGGUGGAGGCUCAAGUGGGCUGGGCUUGGCUGCCUCUGCUCCGAGAGGGCAGAGUGAUCACGAACGAACAGCAGAUGCCCAUCACUACGGCCCUGCCACCCGGGUACCUCAGCAUUGGGGAUGGCGUUGUCAAGCAUUCUGGUCCAGAGAUAAAAUGGGUGGAUGGAGGGAAGCCGUUAUUCAAACUUUCAACUCACCUGGUUUCUACGGUCCACACCCAGGAUCAACACCUCCACAACUUCUUCCACCACUGGCAGAAUAUGGAGUGUGUUCUGGACGGUCCUACCACUGAUCCCUCUGAUCCUCUCCUGGGGUCCCCGGAGCAGGAGCUCAUCAAAUACCUGAAGAGUCUCCACGCCAUGCAGGGUCAUGUGAUGGUCAAUUUUCUACCGACCAUACUUAACCAGCUGUUCAGUGUUCUGACCAGAACCACUCAGGAGGAGGUGGCGGUUAACGUGAUCAGGGUGAUGGUUCAUAUUGUAGCUCAGUGUCACGAGGAAGGACUGGAACACCACCUCAGAUCAUAUGUUAAGUUUGUGUUCACGCCAGAGCAGUACUCAACAGGUGGGGUCUCUACUCCUAAGUGUGUGCACGAGGAGCUGGCUAAAGCCAUGACAACCAUCUUCAAGCCUUCCACUGACAUCCUUGCCUGCAACAAACUGCUUAAGUAUUCAUGGUAUUUUCUGGAAGUGCUGGUGAAGUCCAUGGCCCAUUACCUGAUUGUGAGCGGUAAAGUCAAACUGUGUAGAAAUCAGCGUUUUUCAGCCUCGUUCCACCACACCGUAGAGACUCUGAUCCACAUGCUGAUGCCUCACAUCACCCAGAAAUACAAAGACAACCUGGACACGGCUCGCAAUGCCAACCACAGCCUGGCCAUCUUCAUCAAGCGCUGUUUCACCUUUAUGGACAGAGGCUUCGUCUUCAAACAGAUCAACAACUACAUCAACUGCUUCCUACCUGGAGACCCCAAGACCCUGUAUGAGUUUAAACUGGAGUUUCUGCGGGUGGUGUGUAAUCAUGAACACUUCGUGCCCCUCAACUUGCCGAUGCCCUUCAGCAAAGGAAGGAUCCAGAGAUUUCAAGACCUUCAGUUGGACUACUCUCUGUCUGAGGACUUCUGUCAAAACCACUUCCUGGUUGGUCUUCUUCUGCGGGAGGUGGGUGGGGCAUUGCAGGAGGGCCGUGAGGUCCGACAGCAGUCCAUCCAUGUUCUGAAGAGUCUGAUGAUCAAACACACCUUUGAUGAGCGUUACCAGGCCAAAAGCCAGCAGGCCCGACUGGCCACACUCUACCUGCCACUUUUUGGCAUCCUUCAGGAGAACGUCCACAGGCUCAACAUCAAGGAGACCUCCCUGCUCCCCAACAACAGUCAGAAUGAGAGAGACGACUCUGUGCCGGGUAAUGUCUCCAUGGCCGUGCCCUCGAGGCCAGGUGGUUCACUGGACAAUGGCCUCCAUAAGGAAGUGUUUGGUGUGAUCAGUGGGAUGGCCUCAUCCGGCACCCGCACCAACUCCUCUCUAACCCUCACCCACCAUGCUGAGUCCAGAGGGUCUCUCAUCAGCACGGACUCUGGGAACAGUCUGCUGGACAAGAGCAGCGACAGAACCAACUCUCCGGAAAAGCACCAGUGCUCCUCAGCUCUGGGCAGCUCUCUUCUGCGUGGUGAAAAACUAGACCGGGACGAGAUCAAAAACCUGCUGAUGUGCUUCCUGCACAUCCUCAAGAGCAUGUCCGAGGAGGCUUUGUUCACCUACUGGAGUAAGGCCUCUCCUUCUGAGCUCAUGGAUUUCUUCACACUGUUAGAAGUGUGUCUCUAUCAGUUCAGGUACCUGGGGAAAAGAGUCAUUGCAAGGAGCCAGGAAGGGGCGAGCCCUGUAGUGGUUGACAGGAAGUCUUGUACUCUUCCUGUUUUUCGUAACAGGGCAGGGCUUCUACAUGCCCGUCUACAGCAGCUGGGCAGUCCGGAAAAUGCUCACACCUUUAGCAUGUACCACUGCGAUUCAGAUGUGUCCAGCCAGGCUGUGCUGAUGGGAAAUGUGGCGACAGAGGUCGGUUUGACUGUGCUGGACAUUCUCAGUGUCUUCAUAAUAGGAUUCAAGACCCAGCUGAGCCAGGACUUGGGCCACAAUGCCCUGAUGAAGAAGGUGUUCCAGGUCUAUCUCUGCUUCCUGCGGAUACCCCAGUCUGAAUAUGCCCUGAAGCAGGUCUUCACCUCUCUACACACCUUCAUCUACAAGUUCCCCUUCACCUUCUUCGACGCCCGUGCCGACAUCUGCGCCUCCCUCUGCUAUGAGAUCCUGAAGAGCUGUAACUCCAAGCUGAGCUCCAUCCGCAGUGACGCUGCCCACCUGCUCUACUUCCUGAUGAAGAGUAACUAUGACUACACUGGGUGCACAUCCUUCGUACGCACACACCUGCAGGUGGUGAUUGCCGUCAGUCAGCUGAUUGCUGAUGUCAUCGUGAUCGGAGGAACCCGCUUCCAGCAAUCUCUCGCCAUUAUAAAUAACUGUGCCAACAGUGACAAGAAUGUCAAGCACACAGCGUUUCCAGGGGAUGUGAAAGACCUCACAAAGCGGAUCCGGACAGUCCUGAUGGCCACAGAACAGAUGAAGGAGCAUAAGGACGACCCAGAGAUGCUGGUGGAUCUGCAGUACAGCCUGGCCAAGUCCUACGCCUCCACGCCCGAGCUCCGCAAGACCUGGCUGGACAGCAUGGCGCGCAUACACAGCAAGAACUCUGACCUCUCUGAGGUGGCUAUGUGUUAUGUCCAUGUGACUGCUCUGGUGGCAGAGUACCUGAGGAGGAAAGGUAUGUUCAGCCAAGGCUGCUCAGCGUUCAGGGUGAUCACUCCCAACAUCGAGGAGGAGGCUGCCAUGAUGGAAGAUGUGGGCAUGCAGGACGUACAUUUUAACGAGGAGGUGCUGAUAGAGUUACUUCAGGAGUGUGCUGACAGGCUUUGGAAAGCUGAACGCUAUGAACUCAUUGCGGACAUCUACAGGCUGAUCAUCCCCAUCUACGAACAGAGGAGAGACUUUGAGAAACUGAGUCACCUGUACGACACCCUCCAUCGGGCAUACACCAAGGUGAUAGAAGUGAUGCAUUCUGGGAAGAGAUUGCUGGGAACCUUCUUCAGAGUGGCUUUCUUUGGCCAGGCGGCGGGGUUCUUUGAGGAUGAGGAUGGUAAGGAGUAUAUCUACAAGGAACCCAAGUUCACUCCUCUGUCGGAGAUCUCCCAGAGACUGCUGAAGCUCUACUCAGACAAGUUUGGACAAGAGAAUGUCAAGCUCAUCCAGGACUCCAACAGGGUGGACCCUACAGACCUGGACAGUAAGUUGGCCUACAUCCAGGUGACCCACGUCACUCCCUACCUGGAGGACAAGGAGCUGGAGGAUCGGAAGACAGACUUUGAGAAGAGCCACAAUAUCCGUCGAUUCGUCUUUGAAACCCCCUUCACCAUGUCGGGCAAGAAACAGGGAGGGGUGGAAGAACAGUGCAAACGCAGAACAAUCCUCACCACCACUCAUUGUUUCCCCUAUGUGAAGAAGCGUAUAGCCAUAAUGUACCAACAUCACACAGACCUGAGUCCUAUAGAGGUUGCCAUAGAUGAGAUGACAAGGAAGGAAGCGGAGCUCCAAGAACUGUGUUCUGCUAGUGAUGUUGACAUGAUCCGACUUCAGCUCAAACUACAGGGCAGUAUCAGUGUACAGGUGAACGCUGGCCCCCUUGCAUAUGCCAGGGCAUUCCUAGAAGACAGCAGUGCUAAGAAAUACCCAGACAACAAAGUCAAACAACUCAAAGAGGUCUUCAGGCAGUUUGUGGACACCUGUGGCCAGGCCCUAGGGGUGAAUGAACAGCUAAUUAAAGAGGAUCAGCAGGAGUACCAUGAUGAGAUGAAGGCUUCCUAUAGAGAUCUGGCCAGAGAGCUGUCUGAAAUAAUGCAUGAACAGAUCAUCCCGGUAGAGGACGGGGCGAGGACUGCUCUCUCGGAUUCACUGGGAAUCUUUCAGGCCAUCAGCGGCACGCCAACCAGAGCCAAUGCCAGCCCUGUCUUUGUUGUCCGACAGCUCCCCUUGAUCACUGAACCCUGAUGUACCCUCUUCAUCCGCCGAGUAGGAUGGAGAGAAGAAAGAGGAAAAGAGCGAGAGAGAAAAGCGUUAUGGAAAAGCAAUGCACAGUGCCUGGAUACAGCAAUUAUGUGUGGUAUAUAUUGACUAAAUUACCCAAACCCCUGAGAUGCCAAAUUGCUAUUAUAAAGCAUUUACCCAAAAAAGGGAUGUGUAUUUUGGCAGGGCAUGGGGUUGGGGCCUAUUGUUCAAGUCCUUUUUUACAACAACAAAAACAACAAAAAUAAACUAUGAUUUCUAUUGUUUCCUGUGGAGACCUGGUAACACAGACACCAAAAACACUGGACUAGUCUUAUAGCUUAACAGUUAUCCUUCUACAUUAUUCUCUAUAUUUUCAAUUAUAUACAUAUUCUGUUGGUUUUGAAUAGUUUUUAUUUUAAUUGCAUUGUUACAUUUCUCUCUGGGGAACAUUUGUCAGUGGACUGUACUCAGCUUCUAUCUCAUCUUCUAUCUAGGGGAAGAAUAUAAUGUGUGAAUAUUUUCUACAAAGACACAGUAUGUUUUUCCAUUUGAACUGCUACCAUGAUAUUGUCAACCCUUUAAGUCCUGGUAUUUGGUAUUUAAAAAGAGAUGACGGUGUAUUCAAAGCAAAGCACUGUGUUCUUCUUGCCUGUGCUUCUGCAGAGAAAAAGGUGAAAGAGUGAAAGACAGAGUGAGAGGAAAAGAUGAGAGAGUGAGAGACAGAGGGAGAGGAAAUGGGGGGACAGUGAGAGACAGUGGGGGGUGAGAGAGUGAAGGAGAGAGGGGUGUAGUAUUUUCUAUCCUGUUUAAUAAAUCAGGGCUCCAUCCCAAAUAUCUAAAAUGUAACUCUUGCCAAAGCAGUAGCAUGCAGAAACACAGCCAAUGUAAAGAGAUUAUUACUAUCGUCCAUUCAGUAGACCUACAGAAUAUUGCUAUUUAGGCUUUUUUAACCAUCAACCAACAUUUUUGUUAUGUGAAAUGAGAUUGCAUUUUCAUGAAUUUUUUAUUCAACUGCUUGUAUUCCAUUGUUUUUUUUCUUGUUUGGUAAAAUACUAAUUCAUCUCAUUAGACUGUUACUUCGGGAUUUUACCAAUAAAAAAAUGUGCAUUGAAAACUGUACUCACAGGUUUUUAGUGGCUGGGUGGAUGGAUGGACCUUGAAUAUUGUGAUUUUUCUAGUGCAAGGUUAUGUUCAGGGUUAGAGUUAAUAGUUAGACGUUAAGUUAAAUGGGAUUUUCAAUGGGAAUCAUUUUUGGGGGUUCACUCACCAGUGACUUAAGCACAACCUGCACCAAGCGAGUUGAUUCCAGUUAGUAGUCGGCCUUUAAGAAAUGUGCCAAUCAUUAGACACCUUAAUAGUUGCUUUGAUCUGUUAUGCAACACAAUUUAUUGCUCUGAUGAUCCUGUCCUUACGCAGGGAUAUUAAUGAUUACUCCAUGAUCACUUCAAUCACUAGUUGAGUCCUUAGAGAGGGAGUUUUCUGACAAUGAGUCCUGGCUGUUGUUGACGAUAAUGCAGAGUGGGAGGGGCCGGGACCUGUCAUGUGAUGUGUGGUCUGAAAGCAGCCUGCUGACUCCAAUAAAACUAACUAAUCCCCCUGCAUUCUACUGCCCUGGGAUCAGGACUGACAGCACGGUUUAUGAGUGACUGUCUCUGUGUGAUUUACUGAUCAUUCUUUAUGCGUCAUGUCAUUCAUUGAUGCAAUGGUUUUGAUAUGUGUGAUGUACAGAAAUGUUGCUCUUUUGAUACUUUUGUUGACAGAUUGUUAGACUGAGGUAGGCAGUUUUUUAUUGUUAAUUUGGUAUAAUCUUAAUAUGCAUGGUUCUUUUUAUAACAGCUUGUCUGUCCUAGGUUGGCCCAGUUUGCUGCCUCUGUACUGCUCAUGCACAGCUGCAGAACAGGUCCAAAUCCCGGGAACAUUUCAGCUGAAACACUUAUCGUCAAUUUUUUCCUACUUUGCUGUUUUUUCAAAGCACAGAAAAUGCUGCGUAACAGUAGA